GGUCUGGCUCUCUUCCCUGAUGCCUGGCUCCCCUACACCAAAACACAGCAGCAUCGGGAAAGUAGUUAUACUAAGUAGGGGCUCUGCCUGCCCUCCCUAUUGCACGCACAUGUCCUGCACUGGAACACAGAGGUCUCAUUCUGUCUACCUGAAUGGUUUUGGGAAACGUCUCUCAUCAGUUCCUGGUGAAAAAUGACCAUCAUUGGCUUCCUCAAGUCCCAGUUCCUUUGUCAUCUUUUUAUCAGCUAUGUGUUUAUUGGAACUGGACUUAUCAUUAAUUUUAUUCAACUUUUUACUCUUCUCAUUUGGCCUUUUAACAAGAAACUCUACAGGAAGAUCAACUGCAGACUGGCAUACUGCGUAUCAAGCCAAUUGGUGAUGUUAUUGGAGUGGUGGUCAGCCACUGAUUGCACGCUGUAUACUGAUACUGAAGCCUACACCAAAUAUGGCAAUGAGAACGCUAUAGUAAUUCUCAAUCAUAACUUUGAAAUUGACUUUCUAUGUGGUUGGAAGUUUUGUGAGAGAUUUGGUGUCCUUGGGAGCUCAAAAGUGCUAGCAAAAAAGGAACUCUCCUAUGUGCCUGUAAUUGGCUGGAUGUGGUACUUCUUGGAGAUGGUGUUCUGUAAACGAAAAUGGGAAGAAGAUCGGAAAACAGUUAUGCAAGGCUUACAAAAUCUUAGAGACUACCCUGAACAUUUUUGGUUUCUAAUUCAUUGUGAGGGCACACGCUUCACAGAGAAGAAGCAUGAAAUCAGCAUGCAAGUUGCAGAAUCAAAGGGUCUUCCUAAGCUGAAGUAUCAUCUCUUGCCCAGAACAAAAGGAUUCGCUGUCACUGUAAAAAGUUUGAGAAAUGUAGUGUCUGCAGUGUAUGACUCCACGCUCAAUUUUAGAAAUAAUGAAAAUCCAACCUUACUUGGAGUAUUAAACGGGAAGAAGUACCAUGCAGAUAUGUAUGUGAGACGAAUUCCAUUGGAAGAAAUACCUGAAGAGGAACAGGAAUGUGCCAGAUGGCUUCACAAACUGUACCAGGAAAAAAAUGUUAUCUAUAGUUACCCACAUGCCACAAGAAGUCAUCUAUUGUUUGGUACUUCUGAGAACAGUGAAGAUCAAUUUAAAUUGAAGAAGAAAAUAUAUGUAGAUGAGUACAGUUGCCUCACAUAAAUAUGAAUCACAGGCAGUUGUAAUAAUGAUUUGUUUUAAAUUAAUUGUAAGCUAGAAUUAAUUAUGAAUUUGGAAUGUAAAAGAAAUUAGAAUUUAAACUAGCAAAGUAUUUAAUAUAAAAUGUUAAGAUGAAAAUGUUAUUUAAAGAAAGAAGUGGUUCCAAAGUGAUAGGAGAUUGGACUUUUGCACAGUGAACGUCUUUCCAUUUCUCACAUUGGUGCACUACUAGUGUGUACCUAAUUUGUGCUGUGAGUGGACCAUAAGGGUGAAUAGUUGCAAAACCAAUGGGUUUACAUACUGCACAUUUUGUGCACAUUAUUUAGGAUCCGGUCGGCAUACCGGCAAUUGAGAUGCCGACAGAUGGAAGACCGACGUGGGGAUGCUGACAUGGAUCACAAUCCCGGCGUCGGAUUCCUGACUGCCAGCAUUCCAAUCGUAAGUAUGGCGGGGAGGAGAGAUUAGGUUUAGACUGCGGUAG